GAAUGCCCUUCAACUGACAUUGGGCUAGCCGGCUUUCAACUUCUCUGGUGGAGCUUUGUAGCGGGAACUUUUUCUUUCUCAGUUGUCUCUUUGCAAGUGAACUGAACGGUAGUUCUUUUCAUAAAAUAUUUAUUCGAAAUCAUUAAGCCAAGUAUAAAGUGAAAAAUGUCCAAAAUCGGUAUUAAUGGAUUCGGUCGCAUCGGUCGUCUGGUGCUGCGUGCUGCCGUCGAUAAAGGUGCUCAAGUGGUUGCUGUAAACGAUCCAUUUAUCGAUGUGAACUACAUGGUUUACUUGUUCAAAUUCGAUUCGACUCAUGGUCGUUUCAAGGGCACUGUUUCUGCUGAAAAUGGAGCUCUGGUAGUAAAUGGACAAAAGAUCACUGUUUUUAGCGAACGCGACCCAGCCAACAUUAACUGGGCUAGCGCUGGAGCUGAAUACGUCGUCGAGUCCACUGGCGUUUUCACUACCAUCGAUAAGGCAUCUGCUCACUUCAAGGGUGGUGCCAAGAAAGUCAUUAUUUCGGCACCGUCUGCCGAUGCGCCAAUGUUCGUGUGCGGCGUCAACUUGGACGCAUACAGCCCCGACAUGAAGGUCGUAUCUAAUGCCUCUUGCACAACCAACUGCUUGGCUCCAUUGGCUAAAGUUAUAAAUGACAACUUCCAAAUCGUGGAGGGUUUGAUGACCACUGUACACGCUACAACUGCCACACAGAAGACCGUCGACGGUCCUUCAGGCAAAUUGUGGCGCGAUGGACGUGGUGCCGCUCAGAACAUCAUUCCUGCAUCUACUGGCGCCGCUAAGGCUGUUGGCAAAGUUAUCCCAGAACUGAAUGGCAAGCUGACUGGUAUGGCUUUCCGGGUCCCCACUCCCAACGUCUCAGUUGUUGACUUGACUGUGCGAUUGGGCAAGCCAGCCACCUAUGAUCAAAUCAAGCAAAAGGUAAAGGAAGCCUCUGAAGGCCCAAUGAAGGGAAUCUUAGACUAUACCGAUGAAGAAGUCGUGUCUACCGACUUCGUCAGUGACACACAUUCGUCGGUUUUCGACGCCAAGGCUGGUAUCCCUCUCAACGACCAAUUCGUGAAGUUAAUCUCAUGGUACGAUAACGAAUUUGGAUAUUCCAACCGUGUCGUUGAUCUGAUUAAAUACAUGCAGAGCAAGGAUUAAAUUGGAUAAGAGAGCAACACAAGACAGAGAAGUAGUGCCCAUUUGGAUUUAAAAAUACCUUCAACACAUGAAUCAUUUAAAUCCAAUGGACGACCUCAAAACCGAACAGGAACAACAUUUACUGCUUCAAUACUUACAAAAUAAAGUCAAAUGUGUAUAAUACAAUAAGAUCUAAUUUUCGGAAGAAACAUCAACCAAAAUUAUCUGUAAUAAAUGACUUAAGUAAAAAGUUA